UCUCUUACCGCCAGGUCCGGAUUGCGGCUGUCCCUGUGGGACACGGCUCGAAUGACCCCCGCUCUCCAGCUCCGCCGGCAGCGUCCGCUCUCCCCGCGCUCCGGACGCACCUCCUCGCCGAUCGCCACACACAAGAACCGCUUUCCUACCAGCUCUGGCCGCGACUCCACCGCCAUAGCCGGAGCUGCCGGAGCGGCUGCUGCCUCCUCCACAGAGAGGGAACCAGCGAAACUCGCUCCUACCGGCCGCCCAUGCUGAGGAAAGCGGACCGAGAGACGGCGACGGUCCCACGAACGAGAAAGCUAGGACUCAGGGAUGACCCAGACGUUCUGCCCAGAAGGACACGGCGACCUCGGUCCCUCUCAGUUCCCAACACUCCUCUAGAUUCCCAGGCUCGCGACCUCGGGCGACAGCUCCACAAAAAAACUGACAAAUCUCCACACCACCGUCGGAGGCCCGGAGGCAGCCCCGGCCGCCGCUGCCACAGCGCCGCGGCCAGUACUACUCCGCCUCCCCUCCACAGGCGAGGCGGUGAGUGCGCCGCGCGUCUCCUUCCGCCUGUGCGGGCGGGGGGAGGAAGCCGCGGAAAGGGUCGGCGGAACCACCGCAGACAGAAAGUAGUGCCCGCAGCUGCGGCGGCUGCUCUCGGACACAGGAAGCAAGAGGGGCGCGGGAGCAGAGAGUACUCUCCCUCAGCAACACUAUUAAGAGCGUUUGUGGUCCUCUUUUCUAUUCGUUAUCCCCUCAGAGGUGAGUCUGAGGAGAAACUGAAAUGUGCUGGUUCCAUUCUGGAUCAUAAAAUAAACUCAAGGGUGUAUGCCUCAUCUCCAGAGCGAUGUUUUUCAGAACACUGGCGCCUGUCCUUGGGGUUAGCCUAAAUUGACAGUCCUGCAGUCCCAGCAGCAAAGCACCAUUUCCUACUGUAAAAAACUAAGCCCAAAGAACUCAGACACUGCAGAAAAAGGGCCUACGACUUUAAAUUAAAAUGAAGAAAAGCCUGUCAUCCUUUCAAUCUUCCCCAAUUACGGUGAUACUAAUUACAUGUUGAAGCUGUUCAGACUAGACACCUCGUCACUGCUUUGUUACCAGAACGCCAAACUCUCCACUGCGGGCUUUGGUCAGACACUCUGCGCCAAUCUGAGUACUUUUAGUACUAGUACAUAGUUUAAACACAGAGGUCAGGUGAUAAAAACAAGGAGAGGCUCUAGAUUCAGUUACUAGAAAAUAUCAUGGAAAGAAAAGGACUUUAGCCAAUCACAGUUCAAGAAAAUAAAUUAUGUUUAUUUCCCGUCCAAUCACAACAGGACUUUAUCUCUCUCUCUCUCUCUCUCUCUCUCUCUCACACACACACACACACACACACACACACACACCCCUACAACUUGAACUACUUGAGUUCUCACAGAUCAAACCUCCCUAACAGAUGGCCAGUGAGGAGUUAAGAUUUCAGGAAUACAUCAGUGUUUCAAGAUUAACUUUGAUUUUACAUUAUGAAGGAACUUUAUGAUCAAGAACACACAGCUCUGAGAACAUCAAUAACCAUCAAAAAUCCUAAAAAACGUUCUACAGGCGUAUAUAGGUAUUGGGACUAUAACAGUGACACAGGGAAGACAACAUUCUUGCUCUAAUACAACUUAUAUUCUAAUUGGAGGAAGACAGAGAAAACAAAUAAGAACAGCAGCCAAUGGUGAGCACUAUGCAGAGAACUGGAAUAAGAUGACCCAAGAGAAAUUAGGUAAGUGUAUGAGACUGAACAAUAAAUGAAGGUGGCAUCUUGGAAUCUAGGGGAAAUAGCUGCUAAUUCUGAAGCAGGCAAGAGCAAAUGCAAAGACCCUAGGAAAGAAGUAGGAUGACUUGUUUACAAGAAUAGAAAAAAAAGGAUAAUGUGGCUGAAGCUUAACCUGCC